GAUCCAGUCAUUCGGACUUGUCAUCUACAUUGCUGAUCAGCGUAGCCAAUUUUGAUUCAAAGACAUUGAAAAAUUUGUAUCAUGUCUCUGCAAGAGUCAGGUUCUGGCGGUUUAGUUGUCACGGAGGAGCUUCAAAAUCUUCUCCAACGCCCUGGUUACAUCCGAACGUCAGCGGGAGGACAAAGAAUACGAGACAUCUACGUUACGUUAUCUGCGAAGUUCAAUGCACGUUUAUUGAACCCAUUCGCGCAGGCGUGUUACUGGGGAAACCUGGAAGUUGUUAUUCGGGCCGUUGAACUCGGCCAAGCGCCCGAUCUUACUAGUGCUGAAACACCUUUCAAGUUCGGGUAUGCCACACUCGUGGUGGCAGGUGCACAAAGAACCGUUCUUGCUCCUGGCGGGAUGCGGCACACCGAUACCUUGAAAUAUCUUCUAAAUAAAGGGUGUCCUCCAGACGUUGAAGACAUCGUAGGAUAUACCGCGCUCCAUCAUGCAACUCAGAAGAUGUACCAGCCGGAACUGGCUCGCCUUCUGCUGGAAAAUGGAGCAAACGUCAACCAUCGAAACAGAUACGGUGAAGUGCCGAUAUUUGGCUGCUUCCAGACGGAGAUUAUUGGUGCCAUCGAACUUCUUAUGGAAUUUGGAACCGAUCUCGAUACCCCCGACGCCCAGGGCUUAACCCCAGCAAAGUUCUUCUUGCAAUGUGGGCCCAGAGUGACCGCGGCGGUGACAAAGUGGCUUCGCAAACGUCGCGGCGAAGAAGCUCCAUUGGACGAGAAGAAGUGUAAUUCAUGUGGGAAGGCCGACACUAGUCUGAAACAAUGCGCCAAAUGCCAUGCCGCUCGAUAUUGCUCCACUGAAUGCCAAAGAAGACACUGGCCAACACAUAAGCUGACCUGUCGGCCAUUCUCCACCGAGAACACAGUCAUCCUCAAACCGAUCUAUCGUGACGCUCCUGGUGCAACCCUCAUGUCACCCUCUGACCUCACUCGUAAGGCUCUCGGAAUGGAAACUCAACCAAGACCUGCCCGUAACUCGCGAUUCUCUCAUGCUCCGUCGACGUUCCCGAAAUCGAUGGUGAUCAAGGUCCAAGUACCCUAUGGCUUCGGCACUUCCGCAGAAAGUUCUAAAGGAGACCUUCUGAUCUACACUAAAAAGCGAGACUUCGUUUGCAUGGUGCAGUGGACCGACGAGCCUCAAGCCUACGACAGGAUCAGCCACGUCGUACGAACCAAGGGCGUUGGCGGUGCCAAAGCAUAUUUUCCGGCCGAGCUUAGGAGCGCAGACGUUCUGGUUGUGAAAGUCGACGAAGUGCUGGCAGAGCAACCGUUCUAGUUCAGUUCUUGGUGACUCUACAGUGGAGCUGGCACCUGUAUCUCGAUAUCUUCCUCCAUGCAGCUCGUUCAUUUCAGUCUUGACCGUUUCGGGCAGAUUGGAGUUUGGUCUCCGGUUGACCUGACAUCCGAAUCGUUCCAUUUAUACACUUGAGGCAUAAAUGUACCCCACUGAG